UUUAAACUGUGUUCCUCUCAAGUAUCCAGGAGAAGGUUUGCGUGACUUUCAGGAGAACCAUUACUUUUCUCAGCUGGAAUGCAUCUGUAAGUGGAGAUGUCUUCAGCGCCCUGGAGUUCUGCUGCUUUCUCUCCUUUCUGUUUUCCUGCCAGCUGUUGAUAUGAAUCCAAUACCUCCCGUCCACAACAGCAGCGUCAGACAUAAUGUGUCAUGGUGAUGAGGAUGCCUUUGACGGACGACUAACAGUUGCUCCAAAAAACUAUCUGGUGGAUCUUCCUAACUUGAACUUUCUGAAACAGCGUGGGGCCGUAUUCCUCAAUGCCUAUACGAACUCUCCAAUUUGCUGUCCUUCCCGUGCAGCUAUGUGGAGCGGUCUGUUCCCUCACCUGACCGAAUCCUGGAAUAACUACAAGUGCCUGGAUCCCGAUUACCCAACAUGGAUGGACCUUGUAAAACAAAAGGGAUAUGUCACUCAGAAAUUCGGCAAACAAGACUAUAAAAGUGGUUCUCAUUCGCUGAGUAAUCGCGUUGAAGCCUGGACCAGAGAUGUGCAGUUUCUCCUCAGACAAGAAGGCAGACCUGUGGCAUCACUUGUUGCCAACAAGACUCAAACUCGUAUUAUGGAGGAGGACUGGAAAAAUGUGGAUCUAGCUGCCGGCUGGUUAAGAAAACAGGCAGUGAGCUCCUCACAACCAUUCAUUUUAUAUUUGGGCUUAAACCUGCCACACCCAUAUCCUUCCGUAAACAUGGGAGAGAAUUUUGGCGCAUCAACAUUUUUAACUUCUCCUUACUGGCUUCAGAAAGUUUCUUAUCAGGAUGUUACUAUUCCCAAAUGGUUGCCACUAAAAGCUAUACAUCCAGUGGAUUAUUAUUCAUCUUAUACCAAAAACUGCACUGGUAACUUUACAAGCCAAGAGAUCCGUGACAUAAGAGCUUAUUAUUAUGCUAUGUGUGCAGAGACAGAUGCUAUAAUGGGUGAAGUCAUUUCAGCACUGGUGGAUACUGGACUUCUAAAUACAACCUACGUGUUGUUUACAUCAGACCAUGGGGAGCUUGCAAUGGAACAUAGGCAAUUUUAUAAGAUGAGCAUGUAUGAAGGAAGCUCUCAUGUACCACUUUUAAUUAUGGGACCCAACAUCCAAUCUGGAAAGAGAAUCUCAAAUAUCGUAUCUCUUGUGGACCUUUACCCCACCAUGCUAGAGAUUGCUGGAGUUUCUACGCCUCAACACAUAAGUGGUUUUUCUCUGUUGCCGUUAUCAUGUACAAGCUCAAACAAUGAUAUCAUUCCGGGGUCUGAGUUACGUCCUAACUGGGCUCUAAGUCAGUUUCAUGGUGCUGAUGCAAAUGCUUCAACCUACAUGCUGCGAAAAAAUUACUGGAAGUUCAUUGCAUACUCAGAUGGUGAUUCAUUUCCUCCACAGUUGUUUGAUUUAUUAAAGGACCCAGAGGAGCUGAACAAUGUUGCUGCACAGUUUCCCAAGAUUGUCCGCUCAAUGGAGAGGAAACUUCGCUCCAUUCUAGACUAUAAGGAAGUAUCUGCUGCGGUGCACCAAUACAAUAAGGAAUCAUUCGCCAGCUGGAAGGAAAGUGUGGGAAGUAAUUAUACGAAUUACAUUUCUAACCUGAGAUGGCAUUUGGAUUGGAGCUUAAAACCCAAGGCGUACGAACUGGCAAUUGACCGAUGGCUUAAGAAUGAGAGUAAUGGUAUUUUCAAAGGCACAGGCUAUAUGCCACAUAACCUAUUUAAUGCAAAGAGAAAAGCGCAUUGAAUAAUAAUGAAUGUAUUACUACUAAUACUAGAGUAAAACAAAUCAGAAGAGCAUACUCUCUGGCAGGGGCGUUGCUAGGGUUUAAAAACAUCCAAGCGCCAAUGAAUAUGGCCCAGUUCCCUAAGGCUACUUUCACACUAGCGGUAGCCUUCUACGGCACGCUGUUCCGGCGGGGGAACAGCAUGUCGGAAUCGUGUUAACACUAGUGCACCAUGCCGCCGGAAGUCCACUUUGGCCCCAUUUACUAUAAUGGGGGCAAGCCGGAGGUCCGGCCGCAGCACGGCAAACAUGCCAAGAGGCGGCUGGAAUAAAACUGCAGCAUGCUGUAGUGUUUUUCAGC